AUGGAACGCUCACUAGCCAGCGUCUGGGGUUUCUUUCAUCCCCAGACGCUCCUCUCGCUUCUAGAAUCGCCAUUUGCCUCACUGUCUGCUUCGUCAUAUGCCAGCAAAAUGGCCAACCCUGACACGGGAGUCUUUGGUGCUCUCGGCGCUGUUCUCGGAUAUGUCGGUGCUGAGGCAGCUACCGGCCAAAUCUUUGAGCGUCUGCUAUGGCCCCAACGCUCCUACGCAAACGUCACGCUGAAAUCGAUCCCUAUCCUGGCCAUUUUGAUGCCCAUGGGCGGACCGCUACACAUCAUCGCGCUCAAGACCUUGGAUAUCAUAUUCGCUCAUGGCUUAUUCAAGGGGGCACGAGUUGGCCACAUGCUUGGAACUUGUUUCUUUCCCGAUCAAGACUGGACUUACACCAGCUGGACGAGCAAUGGCCAAAAGAUCAAGACGGAGUCGGUGCGCAACUGUCUCUGGGUUCGCGCUCUGAGCUACGUUCCGAUUCCCAAGCUCGGCUGCGAUAUGCAACAGGCAACCGAUCAGGCUCCUGGAAAGGCCGCUGCCAGAUCGGACCAGGUCCGGGCCAAGGUGGCUGUCAGUCAUCUCACCUUGACCAGAGCCACAAAGCAAGACGUCGAGUCCAAGAUGCCGUUUGUUGAAGCAGACGUUGGAAGACCGGCGUUCCAAGUCUUUCUAGCAAUAUUCGUCACAGAAUUGUCAGCAAUACUCACAACCAUUGGCGUAGCUGUCCAUUUCAAAUCACCAUGGGCGCUAUGGUGGCUCGCUCCCCUGCUUCUACGCCUUGUCAGUGCCUUGCUUGCGAUAGACCGGAAACCUCUGGAGCCUCUGGAUCUCGCAUCUCCAAACGAAGACAUUUGCGAUUACGAGAUCCACUGUCCUCAGUCAGAAGGAAACUUUAUGCUUCUCACAGGCCCCAAGUCUGUCGUCCAACAGUUUUUCGUCCAUUACGGGCACCCAGUGCGCAACCGGUUUCGAGAAGCAGUACAGCUCGCAAUGGUGGUUCUCUUUGGUUUGCUUUUUCUCUUUGGUCUGUUCUUUUCCGUCAUUUGGAUGCCCAUUGCGGUCCAAAAAGUCUGGGUAUGCUAUCAUUUCUACUCUGGCUUUGCCAUGAUCGUUAUGCGGUACACUUCUUGCGACACAUCCACAGAAGCCAUGAUUGCAAAUCAGUUCAGAAAACAGGAAGAAAGCUUGUCCACUAUCGACGGUGAGAAGAACGAAACAGCGAUCCUCUUUGGACACACUCGAGACGGCAGCGAGACUAUUAAAGUCAGCUUUGUUCCAACUUAUCAUAACCGCUUCUUGGAGGGGCAAGCAUGCAUGGAUAAACUUUUGCGACGCAAAUCGUGA